AUGGUAACUCCAACUUCUCAAGAACCAUCCCAAGUAUCUCCAGAACAAAAGCUGUUGUAUGAAACAAUCAGACAUUUCUAUUACGCCAGAAAGAGGGAUAUCCGUAUGCCUGCAGUCGCAAAGACCGUAUUGGAGGUCUCGAUCCAGAAGCACAUGGCGAAGUACGAAGUGGAGUUUUUGGACAUCGACGAAAGGCUUCACGUUGCACUACCCCUCAAGAUGUGUGGGUAG